AUGCCGGGCUUCGAAUUCACCAAGGAGACCACCGAGCACGUCGAGCAGGCUUCCGUCCCCGCGCCGCAGGCUCCUCUGAGCAAUGGCUUCGUGGAGAACGGUGCCUACUACAAUGCCCGACUCGACCCCAAGAACUACCUUGAAGGCCCACUUUCAUCCAACCCCGCAACUCGUCUCCGACAGAUGCUCGCCCGACCAGGCAUCGUUAUUGCACCUGGUAUCUGCGACGGUAUUAGUGCUCGUUGCGCACUCGAGGCGGGCUUCACCUGCUUGUACCAGAGUGGCGCUGCGACGACAGCAUCCCGCCUUGGCAUGCCCGACCUGGCUAUUGCUACUCAAAAUGACUUCGUUCAGUCUGCAGAGAUGGUUUGCAGUCUAGACCCAACUUGCCCCGUCAUCGCCGAUGCGGAUACUGGCUUCGGUGGUCCCGCUAUGGUUGCACGCACGGUGACCAAGUAUGCGCGCGCCGGUGUCGCAGGCCUCCACAUCGAAGACCAGGUCCAGACCAAGCGCUGUGGACACUUGAUGGGCAAGCAGGUCGUCUCUCGCGAAGAGUUCCUCCAGCGCAUCCGUGCGGCUGUCAUCGCACGCGAUUCGAUUCCAGGAGGCUCUGACUUCGUCAUCAUUGGUCGCACAGAUUCUGCACAAGUCCUCGGCAUGGAGGAGGCCGUCACCCGUCUCAAGCUCGCGGCUGCCGCCGGUGCUGAUGUGUGCUUUAUUGAGGGUGUCAAGACGUCCGAGCUCCUUAAGUCGACCGUCGCUGCACUCGCACCCAAGCCGGUGCUUGUCAAUGUCAUCUCCGGUGGCUUGACGCCCUCGUUCACGUGCGACGAGGCCGAGAAAUACGGCGCGAAGAUCAUCAUCUUCUCGCUGGUAUCCUGCGUCGCGAUGGUGCACGCAUGCCGCGCCGCGAUGGCAUCGCUCAAGAAGACCGGCACAGAUUUCUCGUCCGCCAAGGGCAUGGACCCCAAGGCAUUCUUCGAAGUGAUGGGUCUUGACGAUGUCGUCCAGCUCGACGCUGCAGCGGGUGCGAAGAACUUCGAGCUCGUCUGA